AUGUCUCCGUCUGAGGAUCGUAUCACCCGGCCCACAGAUCCUGAUGAUCUUGUCUUGGAGGCCUGGGGGCAGGGCCUGAUGGUCGGUUCCCUGGUGGUGAUGGCCGCGGUGACGUUUGCGAACAUGAAGAGACACAUUCUGCUGCAUAAACUGAUUUUUGCCGAGGUAUGCUUUGAUCUUGAGGUGCUUAUUCUCGCUAUGGCCCAUGGCACCUUCAUAUUCCCCAAAGAACCCGCCUACGGAUGGUAUCUCUCCUGCAGUGCUAUCGGACUGAAUGUGUCCUGGACUCUACAUAAUGUCAUUGCGUGGAUGAAGAAUAAGCCAUUCCUGAGUCGCAGGGUUUCACAAGCUUAUAUCAUCACGGUUCUGCUGGUCCAACCGUACUGGGUGGUGGAAAUAUACGCCAAUUUCACCUACUUCAACAAUAUUAACAAGAUCUUUCUCACGACACGGCCAAUGGAGCCUCUCUUCCGAGACCCCUGGUGGGUGUUCACCACCUGUUCACUCUUCUACACUAUUAAGCGCUUGUACAACUUUGGCAUUAUAGAAUUGGUAACUGUGAGCCCGCGGUUCGGGAUCAUGCUUGCCUCAAUGUGCCUUUCCAUUGCGUUUAUAAUCAUCGAUACGUGUGUCGUUCUGAACGCCUUCCCGGCGCAUACGCUCCCUACUGGAGUUGAACCAUUCUGGAAGCUAUCAUUUAUCUUCAAAUGUCUCUGUGACACCGUCAUUCUCGACGACUUCAAGACAGCACUUGAUCGAAUGCGAAACUACUGGCUACAGACGCGGGUCAGGACUGGCGAAGUCCUUCUUCCAGAGACCCAAUACGAACCUGGCAGUCGUAGACACGAAGGGGAUGACAUCGAGGCAUUUGGUAGCGAGAGACGGGGCAGUGAACUCAGAAAGCCCGAUUCGGCGGUUCCGCGAGUUCAGACAAGGGAAGAUGUGGGCAUAGCUCUUUGA